AUUUUUCUCCUCUCCCUCUUGCAAAGACUAAUAUCUGAUCUUUAAAUCCAGGAUUGUAUACCUUUAAGGCAGAACUCUUUCCCACUAAAGCAAAGGGAAAAUAGGUAAUUCUGAUCUGGUAGAUUGUUUCCCUAGAGUCUCAGUUAAAUCACUCAGACAGUUCUCCUGAUUGCUGGACUUCCCUCGACUCUCCCAAUACCUCAGCCUUCCCUUCUUUUAACCCUCUUGCUCAGGUGCUUUCACUCCUUUCUUCAGAAGGCAGACAUCCUACUCCAUUUGCUUUAUCCCAUGGCCCUCCUCUGCUCUCCAUGUAGCCAAACUGGUUUGAGUUGGCCACACCCCUUCCCAGCUCCCUGGGCUCUUCACAUGGUGACUGGCCAUCCAACCCCACCUUGGCUUGGCUUGGAGCCCUGAGUCAGCUUCAUCUGUACCCAAGCCAAAUCAAACCUGAGGCAGGAGCCGAAACAGUCCAUCAAAGCCUAUAGCCAGGUGAUGGAGGACGAGGAGAAAGCAGUGGAGAGCUUGGUGAGCAACAAGGAAUCUGCUCAUUCUCCAUCCCCCAUCCGCUGCUGCUGGCUCCGCCUCCGCUAUUGGGCAGCUACUAGCAUUGUCUGUGGCUGUUCUUGCCUGGGAGUCAUGGCUCUUGUGUUUGCCAUCAAGGCAGAAGAGCGGCAUAAGGCAGGCCGAUCCGAGGAGGCAGUGUACUGGGGGGCCCGGGCCCGGAGGUUCAUCCUGGCCAGUUUUGCUGUCUGGCUUGCUGUCCUUGUUCUGGGUCCCUUGCUGCUGUUUCUGCUCUCCUACACCAUCGCUCAGGCUGAGUGACACUGGGUGGCCUCUGCUGUGAGUCAGCCAAGACCUGGAUCCAGUCCAACAGUGCGGCAUUGCUCAGUUCUGGUGACAGCACUGGCCCUUCCUGGUUGUAAAGAUGUUGUCUCUCUGAAGGGCCUUUGGAAGAGCUCAUAUAGCUUUAUAAAAGCACCUGAGACUGAGGGGACAUCACGCCUUCUCUGUUCUUUCAGUGCUCUCCCACCUUCUGUCUCCUAUGCUCCUCCAUCUUAGGGCCUCCAUUCAGAGGAGGGGUUGAAGACCAGGCUUGAUUUUUAAUUAGAAAUUGUUUUAUAAUAAAAACCUUUUUUGUUGAUUAAA